AUGUCUGCUGUGCUGCACAUGCCAGUCAUCAACACGGCUCCAUUCAUGCUAAAAGAGAAGCUCGGGGAGCCCUUUACGCCUGCCUUUACUGCAGUCAAUGGAAGACCAACCUCAUCCUCGCCACACGUACCGACUGGACCACACGGCAUGACAGCUUGGGGUUCUGUACCACGGGACCCUAGCUCUCGUCCCGCUAGCCACUCCAUUUCUCCCACCAUGACCAACGGAGACAAAUCUCCGGACAGUCCCUGCAAGAGAAAGCGAUCGCCUUCCACCGAAGAUCAGCGGCCACGAGCAUCUUCGCGGGAGUGGCCUACACCUGCCGGGCCUUCUCCAACAGUAUCUUACCCAGAGCAAAGACCAAGCCUGGAGCCACACCAGCGAACACUGCCUCCAAUAGAUCGUCUUCAGCCCGGGCGGCGCUGGACUGCCGACCCCAGUGAUUAUCAGGACCGCCAUCAUCUUGACCCUCGUCCUUUGGACCCUUCACACCAUAUACCACCAUCGCACAUGAGCGAUCCUAACGAAUAUGACGAAGUGGUUACAGACCAGACAAGAGCUGAUCAGCACGCUGACCAGAAGAAGGCUGGAAGGAAACGACAGUUUGCGAACCGCACAAAAACAGGUUGUGGCACUUGUCGAAGGCGCAAGAAGAAGUGUGACGAAGCAAAGCCAAAGUGCAACAACUGCUUGCGCGGCAACUUUGAAUGCGCGGGCUAUGCCAACAAGAUCCCCUGGUCAAAGGACGGCGCCCUUAAGGCGCCUCCAACAUUACAGGCGAAAGAAUGUGUGUCCGGCGCUGAGAUUCCUGCUCAUUACGCAAGGUGUGGUGUAUGCAACCAGGUACACAUCCCACACUGUGAGCCGGCUCAGAAGCCCUAUCCAGAGUCGAGCGUUUCUAACGGAAGCGAUGGCACACGAGGAAGACCUGUCAGCGUGGACGAACUGGAGCGCAAACCACCCACACCAAGCAGUUGGAAACAGACUUGGACGGAUUCACCACGAUACAAGUCAGAGCAUCCGCCUCCGCCUCCGCCUCCACCUCCACCUCCACCUCCACAACGACAGCACAAUCCUCAUGUGUAUCAUCCUACACCACAAAGUAUGAGUCAACCAAGCCCCACUCACAUCGCUAUAGCACAGCCAGCACAAUAUACGCAACCUCUACCACCUGCCCCACCCCAUGAGAGGGCUUCAAUUCAGGAGCUCCACGGGUCCCGCCCUCCGCCACCACCUCCGCCACCAAUGGCUCCCAUGGCAACCGCACCGCCAGCCCCCUCACCAUCUCGCUACACCAAUCCAUUGUUGCCUCCUAAAAGCGAAAAGGACAAGAUGCUUUCUGGGGAACCCUUUCUGCCCUACACCGAGCAGCUUGUCGACGAACGUACGCUAUGUUCGGGAGCUGUAUUCCGAUUCAACAGCCUCAGCAACGCCGCCGUACAAAUUGCUUCGGGUGAGCGGGAGAGACACUUUGAGUCCAUCAUAGCAGCUAGGUGGAUCUAUUGGCGUGCUGGCGAACGCCGAAUCACAGGCCAUCUUGGUGGUGGCAUCAACGUCGCUCUGCCAUUCCAUUGCGACUAUGGUUACAACAUCUCCAUUGGAGACAAUGUUACCAUUGGACCUAACUGCCAGCUACUUGAUUCGGGAAGAAUUGCAAUCGGCAGAAACACAAGGAUCGGUGCCCGGGUGACCAUAGCAACCUUGAAAGCCCCUACUGACACCAAGACGUUGAAGGGCAGCAAAGGGACUGAAAUUGCCCGUGAAGUCUUCAUCGGCGAAAACGUCUACGUUGGUGAUGGCUGCAUAAUUGAAGCUGGCGUUCGCAUCGGGAACAACGCGAUUGUUCGAGCUGGGUCCGUUGUUGUACGAGACAUUCCAGCAGACUGUGUGGCUCUGGGCAAUCCAGCCGAGGUACGACAAGUCAACUGGAAAGACUGA